CUCUAACAGUUUGCCUGCAAGGGGCUGGAAGGCGCAGCGUGAUGUUUCAUGUCUCCGGAGCUGACCGCGACGCCAGCAUACGUGUAGGCCGGUAGGAAUGAACCAGCGCCGAGGGCGAAGACAGCCUGUGUCCGAGAGAGGGGAUCGGUUAAUUGCAGCCCAGAUCUAGCGCGUGAGGCGGGCACCAGAAGAGCUUGGGAGAGGCUGGCCUUAAAAAUGAGAUUAACUGAGUCCCCCCGGGUCCCACCGUAAAUCACAAGGUUAUCCAGAUGAUAAGAUGUGAGGUUAAACAGAAAAUGUAAACUUCCCCCGGUCGAGGAGCUCCGGGACGGUAACUAACCACCACCCCGCCGCCAGCUCGGCCGCAGAACGACCAACUUUGCACAUGCGCGGUGGGCACACGUCGCGUCGGCCUGAGGCACUCUCGCGAGAAGAGCCGUGCAGGCCGGGAAAAAUGGCGCCUCCCAGCCCCCGAGAGCCGAAGGCCCCGACUGCCACGAGCGCCGCCAACCCCGACGGGGAAAUGGUGCUGCCGGGCUUCCCGGACGCGGACAGCUUCGUGAAGUUUGCUCUCGGGUCAGUAGUGGCAGUCACCAAGGCAUCUGGGGGCCUACCACAGUUUGGCGAUGAGUAUGAUUUCUACCGAAGUUUUCCUGGCUUCCAGGCAUUUUGUGAAACACAGGGAGACAGGUUGCUUCAGUGUAUGAGUAGGGUAAUGCAGUACCAUGGGUGUCGAAGCAACAUUAAGGACCGAAGUAAAGUGACGGAGCUGGAGGACAAGUUUGAUUUACUAGUUGAUACCAAUGAUGUCAUUCUGGAAAGAGUGGGUAUUUUACUGGAUGAAGCAUCAGGUGUGAAUAAGAAUCAACAGCCGGUCCUCCCAGCAGGAUUGCAGGUUCCCAAAACGAUAGUGUCCAGCUGGAACCGGAAGGCCGGAGAGUAUAGCAAAAAAACAAAAUCUGAAACUUUCCGGUUGCUUCACGCAAAAAACAUCGUCCGGCCUCAGCUUAAAUUCCGAGAGAAGGUCGACAACUCCAACACUCCGUUUCUUCCCAAGAUCUUCAUCAAGCCCAAUGCUCAGAAACCCCUGCCUCAGGCACUCUCUAAAGAAAGGAGGGAGCGCCCGCAGGACCGGCCGGAAGACCUGGACGUCCCCCCUGCGCUGGCGGAUUUCAUCCAUCAGCAGAGAACCCAGCAGGUGGAGCAGGACAUGUUUGCACAUCCUUAUCAGUAUGAGCUGGAUCACUUCACUCCACCGGAUUCAGUCCUGCAAAAGCCACAGCCUCAGUUAUACAGGCCUGUGGCAGAGACGCCCUGCCAUUUCGUGUCCUCCCUGGAUGAGCUGGUGGAACUCAAUGAAAAGCUCUUGACUUGCCAAGAAUUCGCGGUAGACUUAGAGCACCACUCGUACAGGAGCUUCUUGGGGCUGACCUGCCUAAUGCAGAUCUCCACCCGAACAGAAGACUUCAUCGUGGACACGCUGGAGCUUCGCAGCGACAUGUACAUUCUCAACGAGAGCCUCACAGACCCUGCCAUCGUCAAGGUCUUCCACGGUGCUGACUCAGACAUUGAAUGGCUCCAGAAAGACUUCGGCUUGUACGUAGUGAAUAUGUUUGAUACCCAUCAGGCAGCACGCCUCCUGAACCUGGGCCGGCACUCCCUGGACCACCUCCUGAAACUCUACUGCGGUGUGGAGUCGAACAAGCAGUACCAGCUGGCCGACUGGAGAAUACGACCUCUGCCCGAGGAAAUGCUCCACUAUGCCCGGGACGACACCCAUUACCUGCUUUACAUCUAUGAUAAAAUGCGGCUGGAGCUGUGGGAGCGGGGCAACGAGCAGCCCGUGCAGCUGCAGGUCGUGUGGCAGCGCAGCAGGGACAUCUGCCUUAAGAAAUUCGUCAAGCCCAUCUUCACGGACGAGUCCUAUCUUGAACUGUACAGGAAGCAGAAGAAGCAUCUCAACACCCAGCAGCUGACAGCCUUUCAGCUGCUGUUUGCCUGGAGGGAUAAAACGGCUCGUAGGGAGGAUGAAAGUUAUGGAUACGUCCUGCCUAACCACAUGAUGCUGAAGAUCGCUGAAGAACUGCCCAAGGAACCUCAAGGCAUCAUAGCUUGCUGUAACCCUGUCCCACCUCUUGUGCGGCAGCAGCUCAAUGAGAUACAUCUUUUAAUCCAGCAGGCCCGGGAGAUGCCCUUGCUCAAGUCUGAAGUUGCAGCUGGCGUGCGGAAGAGCGGCCCACUGCCUGGUCCCGAGAGAUUGGAGAAUGUUCUCUUCGGACCCCACGACUGCUCCCACGCCUCUUCAGAUGGCUACCCUGUCAUCCCCAGCAACGGGCCUGCGCCAGCACAGAAACAGACAAGCCUCUUCCCCGACCAAAGAGAGGAGACCCUGCCAGAUACCAGAUGCCUUAUUGCUACUGCCGUCAUCACACUGUUUAACGAGCCGAGUGUCGAAGAAGCUAGAAAGAGCCCAUUAACGGUUGCCCAGAAGAAAGCCCAGAACAUAAUGGCGUCCUUUGAAAAUCCAUUUAAGAUGUUCCUGCCUUCCCUUGAACACCGCGCUCACGUUUCUCAGGCAGCAAAGUUCGAUCCGUCAUCAAAAAUCUACGAAAUCAGCAACCGCUGGAAGCUGGCAAGCCAGGUGCAGACGCACAAAGGGCCUAAAGAAACGGCCAAGGAGAAGGCGGCGGAGCAAACAGCCGCGCGGGACCAGGCCAAGGAGGAGUACCAGGCGACCGCGGAGCAGGCCGUGUCUGUCCGACAGCAGGCUGCCCUGGAGAGUGCGGCCAAGAAGAGAGAGCGAACCACAAGUGACCCGAGGACCACAGAGCAGAAACAAGAGAAGAAACGACUCAAAACUUCCAAGAAGUCAAAAGACCCGGAUCCACCAGAAAAAGAUUUCACCCCUUAUGACUAUAGCAAGUCAGAUUUCAAGGCUUUUGCUGGAAACAGCAAAGCGAAACCUUCCCAGUUUGAUCCAAAUAAGCAGACCCAGCCCGGCAAGAAAUGCAUUGCACCCAAAAAACUUAAGCAGUCGGUGGGAAACAAAAGCAUGUCCUUUCCAACCGGAAAGUCAGACAGGGGUUUCAGGCACAGCUGGCCAAAGAGAUAGAGGCGGAAGAGACCCUUGGAACUCCCCAGAGGACUGGAAGCACUGAGUGGUGCUGCUGCUUUUUGUACGGACCCCUUUUUAAACCAUUAAAAAUAAUUCUUGUUGGAAGAAA